CUCUCUAUAUAUCACUACCUGUUCACGUUUUUGAAAAGAACAAAGCUUCUGUCAACUUUAUCAGAUUAGUCCUUUAGCAAUAAAAGAUAAAAGUGUAAACGUAGCUCGCGGCAAUUACGUGAAAGUGUCACCUUCAGUCCACCUUGCCACACAAACAAAUCAUUUAAAAUAUUCACAAAGAUUUCUGUGUAUAUGAAACGAGUUAUAGUGAACGUGUGCGAAAUAUCAAAGAAUUUUACUGAAAGAAUUUUCUAAGUACGAAAUAUUGUGCCUGUAAUUGCCAUGAGUUCUAUAGAGGGAAACAAUGUUGGAGAUACAGAAACUGAAUUAUUUAAUGCAAGUAUAUUGGAGCGAUUAUCCUUGUCACAGAUUGAGGGUUUAUUAAUUAGGCCUUUAAAAUCUGAUGAUUAUGAUAGAGGUUUUUUACAGCUAUUGUCUCAGUUAACUGAAGUUGGAAAUGUUAGUAAAGAACAAUUUCUAAGCCGUUUUCAUAUGAUGAAAAGUACAGGUAGCUAUUAUAUCAUUGUGAUAGAGGAUAUAAGCAUUGGAAAAAUAAUAGCAACUGCAACAUUAGUUGUUGAACAGAAGUUUAUUCACAACUGUGCUCUCAGGGGACGUUUAGAAGACGUAGUGGUAAAUAAUAAAUAUCGGGGUAAGCAUUUAGGAAAAUUAGUAAUAAAAGUUAUAUUGCAAUUAGCACGUUAUUUGCGGUGUUAUAAAUUAUCAUUGGACUGUAAAGAUCACCUUAUACCAUUUUAUGAAAGUUUAGAUUUUAAACGUGAACCAAGCAAUGCUAAUUAUCUCAAUAUGAGAUUCCCCAAUGAAAAUACUACAGAACAAUCUCAUUUAUGACAUUGAAAAUAUUAUUUCAAAAUUUUAUAAAAUAGAUUACUUGCAUACUCCAGUUUCCAAAAAAAUAAAUAAUAAAACUUUAAUCAGUUUUAUAUAAAUUCACGGGAUUAAUUAAAAGUUUUAUUUUAAACUCCUAUAAGUAAAAUACAAUUUUAUAUGAAAAGUAUCUGUGUAUAUUUUUUUAAACAAAUAUUACAAAUGAAACAGUAUGCUAUGGGCUAUGCAAGUUGUGGAAAUAAUAAUAUGCGUUUAUAUUUUACCGAUCACGAGUAUAAUAUUUUCUAAGCAUGUAUAAUGUAAUAAACGACAUUGGAAAAACAAUAUAAAA